UUGCAAGACAGAAUCAAAAACACACAGAAACAGGGAACAUCUGAAGGAAUACCGGGCCCUGAAUGGGUUUGGGCCGGGGUAUACUACAUGAACAAAGAUUUCUCCAGCUAAGAAAAUAGAAUUUAGCAUUCAAGGCAUUCAGAGGCUGCUGAACAAUUGGAUAUACACACUCGUGUUUCCACCAUGGAGAAGCUGGAGAGAAAUCAUCUAAACAGGCAAGUGAUUCUUUUCCUUUUUAUGCUGCUUGGGGAUCGGGUUCUCAUGGUGCCUACUCGGUACUCUGUCUUGGAGGAAUCAGAGAGUGGCUCCUUUGUAGCCCACCUGGCCAAGGAUCUGGGCCUGGGAUCUGGGGAGCUGGCUGCCAGGUCUGCAUGGGUGGUGUCUGACUAUGACAAACAGCAAUUGAUUCUGGAUCCUGAGACUGGAGAUUUGCUUCUGAGGGGGAAAAUAGACAGGGAAGAGCUGUGUGGCCCUGUGGAUCCCUGUGUCCUGCAUUUCCAGGUGUUCCUAGAAAAGCCAGUGCAGUUUUUUCAAGGAGAAUUAUUGAUCCAGGAUAUAAAUGACAACUCGCCAGAAUUCCCAGAUAAAGAAUUACACUUGAAAAUACUGGAAAACAGCCAGCCAGGAACACAGUUUUCAUUGAACUUAGCCCAGGAUUUGGAUGUGGGCAGCAAUGGGCUUCAACAAUACACAGUCAGCCCCAACUCUCAUUUUCAUGUCCUCACUCGAAAUAACAGUGAAGGCAAGAAAUACCCAGAGUUGGUGCAGGACAGAGCCCUGGACAGAGAGGAGCAGGCAGAGCUGAGCUUAACCCUCACAGCUCUGGAUGGUGGGUUUCCACCGAGGUCAGGAACAGCCCUGGUUCGAAUCCUGAUCAUGGACAUCAAUGACAAUGCUCCUGAGUUUGUGAACAGUCCCUAUGAGGUGCAGGUCCUAGAGAGCAGUCCCCCCAACUCCCCAGUCCUGACUGUCUUAGCACAGGAUGCAGAUGCUGGCAACUUUGGAAGAGUUUCCUAUGGCUUGUUCCAAGCAUCAGAUGAAAUCCAGAAAACUUUCUCGAUAAACGAAGUCACAGGAGAAAUACGACUGAAAAAGGAAUUAGAUUUUGAAAAAACUGAAUCUUAUCGUGUAGAAGUUGAGGCCACGGAUGGAGGAGGGCUUUCUGGAAAGGGCUCUGUAUUGGUCGAGGUGUUGGAUGUGAACGACAACGCCCCAGAGCUGAUCAUAUCUUCACUGGCAAGCUCAGUCCCAGAAAAUGCUCCAGAAACUGUGGUUGCUAUCAUUCGAAUACGGGAUAGAGAUUCAGGAGAGAACGGGAAGAUGAUUUGUUCUAUUUCAGAUCAUGUGCCAUUCAUUUUAAAACCCUCUUACAAGAAUUUCUACACUCUGGUGACAGACAGCCCUCUGGACAGAGAGAGCAGAGCUGAGUACAACAUCACCAUCACUGUCUCAGACAUGGGCACACCCAGGCUCACAACCCAGCACACCAUAACAGUGCAGGUGUCCGACAUCAACGACAACGCCCCCGCCUUCACCCAAACCUCCUACACCAUGUUCGUCCAUGAGAACAACAGCCCUGCCCUGCACAUAGGCACCAUCAGUGCCACAGACUCAGACUCAGGCUCCAAUGCCCACAUCACCUACUCGCUGCUGCCGUCCCAUGACCAGCAGCUGUCUCUCGCCUCGCUCAUCUCCAUUAAUGCUGACAAUGGGCAGCUGUUCCUGCUCAGGGCGCUAGACUAUGAAGCCCUGCAGUCUUUCAAGUUCCACGUGGCUGCCACAGAUGAAGGCUCGCCUGCACUCAGCAGCCAGGCUCUGGUGCAUGUGCAGGUAAUCGAUGACAAUGACAAUGCUCCCUUUGUGCUCUACCCAUUGCAGAAUGCCUCAGCACCCUGCACCGAACUACUGCCCAGAGCAGCAGAGCCUGGCUACCUGGUCACCAAGAUGGUGGCUGUGGACUGCGACUCUGGCCAGAAUGCCUGGCUGUCGUUCCAGCUGCUCAAGGCCACAGAGCCGGGGUUGUUCAGUGUGUGGGCGCACAAUGGCGAGGUGCGUACAACUAGGCUGCUAAGUGAGCGAGAUGUGCCCAAGCACAGGCUGCUGCUGCUGGUCAAGGACAAUGGAGAGCCUCCACGUUCUGCCAGCAUCACAUUGCACGUGGUGCUAGUGGAUGGCUUCUCGCAGCCCUAUCUGUCACUGCCUGAGGUGGCUCACGACCCUGCGCAGGAUGAUGGCGACUUGCUCACCCUCUACCUGGUCAUUGCCUUGGCCUCUGUGUCUUCUCUCUUUUUGUUGUCUGUGCUGCUGUUCAUAGGGGUAAGGCUGUGCAGGAGGGCGAGGGCAGCCUCCCUGGGUGGCUGCUCUGUGCCUGAGGGCCACUUUCCUGGCCACCUGGUGGAUGUUAGCGGAACUGGUACUCUGUCUCAGAGCUACCAGUAUGAGGUGUGUCUAACAGGAGACUCUGGGAUUGGUGAGUUCAAAUUCCUCAAACCCAUGGUCCCCAACCUAAUGGUUCAGGAUACUGGGAGAGAAAUUACGGAAAAUCUUCACUGCAGGGAUAGUUUCUUAUUCAGCUAAGUAUGUAUUUCCUCAAGGAAUGUACAAAUGUUUUCUUUUAAGAAAUGGUCUUGUUUAAUAUGAAGUUUUCCACUAGUUUAAUCUGCUUAUACCUUUAACAGUGCUGAUAGUUUCUUUUUUUUUUAUUGGUAUGAACAUAUUAGGCUUUUAGUUGUACUAAGUACAUUUCAUACUUUUCUCCACAUAUGAAUAUCUCUUAGUUAUUAACACUUCCACAAGCAUAUAUAAACCGAAUAAUAUGAAAUUUUUGAAUAUAAAAUUAUCUCAAAAAACCCUUGCAUUUUUGGAUGUAAUUGCGAAUCUCUUUCCAUGCAAUUUCAUUUUUUCAAAAGUAGAUUGUUUAAAUUACUUAUGUUGCCUGGAUUUUUCUGUGUGGGUAGAAAGUAGUGUUGUGUUAUGUUCAUUUCCAGUUUAAGUGCCCUGAGUAGCCAACUGGUAAGAUUUAAAGUGUGUAUCAAUUUACACAAAGGUUGUGAUACUUUUCGUUUGUGAGCACCAUGCAUGCUAGUAGUCCUAUCACUUGGUUGUGCAUGUUCUAGAAGUACUGUUGUUACAGUUUUGAAUUUUUAUUUGACAAAAAUAAAGAGAAUGUGUAGUUUCUCAUCCCAUUUAUUAAAUAAAACUGUUAAAUCAUU